UUAAGAGAAACAUGUCAUUAAGGUGUUGUCAAAGGAUCCCUGUAUGUGUGGGCUGGUCUCUAGGUUUGUGGUUUUAGCUUUUCAAAGGCGUUGAGCUAUUAUGGGCUAUGGGAUCAAGUUCGGGGAAAACUAGCCUUCUUUAUCUUGAAAAAUGGCUUUGUAAGAGGAGGCGCCAAGGAGCUUAAGUACACAUAACUCUCGCACACGGGAGAGAAAAUGACGAAAGUUCCUCAGGGGUUUGAUUUCAGUUUCCUAAAUGAGGAAGAAGCCAGGAAGAUCCUCCAGGUACUGGAAAGAAAUGAAGAACUCCGGAGGGCAGAGAAGGACAGGAUCAGCAAACUUCAAAAGACAAAGAGGGAUAUAAGGUGGCUUCAAGGAGCAACCGGUGAAUGGUUUGAAGAAAUUCAAAGAAAGAAGUUUUGCAAUGAAACAGAUGUUAACCAGAUGUUAAAACUACCACUUACAUGCAGGCUACAGAAGGGGAUGGCAAAAAAUGAUCCGAUGGAAUUACAAACAUCAAGAUCUAAAAACCUAAUGAACCAAAAGCCAUCUGUUUCUCCUCGAAUGAGCUUCCGGUCAUCCUUCGCUUCGCUGUUCUCCUUCAGAAGAUCUGGGAAGGAGACACCUAAGCUUCAGUCUCAGAGAUUAAGAGGGUGUAAUGACCCUGUAGAACCUUCUGUGUCUCUGAGGGGGACAACUGCGGCAAUAAUACACAGUUCACCUGUUGGGAGUCAGCCGGUUGCCCGUGCGUUCGUUCCUAAGCCGGCCAUCAUGAGGGAGGAGAGUGGCCUGCCUCCGCCCUGGGAUGAUUCCCUGCUGGAGAGUGAGUUCUUCCAAGUUUUAGACGAUUUGGAUAGCAAGCUGGCUCAGGAACAACCUGCGGGCUUGGUGAAUACCAGAGUGCCAUUCAACUACGGAUCAAGAACACAGAUCAAGUAUUCUCACUCAAGUAGGAACAGGCAUAGUCCUAUCACAGGAAGGCAUCAAAACUACCACAGCGAAACUUCCAACAUGUCUAUCUAUGACAUUCUAAGACCGGGAACUCCUAGAGAAGGCUUUAAAACCUUUUCUCCCAGGACAAAGACAAUUUAUGAUAUGUAUAGGACCAGGGAGCCCAGAGGCUUCAAAGAAGAUUUCAUGCAAAAGAAUACAUUUGGCAGCACAUCUCUGUGCUUCGACAGCCGCCAAAGAUCAGCCUCACCAGCUGCCGGGCGGUUCACUGCAAGGAGUUUACACUUUCCAGCCGACCCUCAAAACAAGAGUAGUUUUACACCAGUGAGGCACCAGCAAAGUCCCAAAAGGACGCCUUUAUCAUCAAUCAUCUGGAACAGGCCAGAUUCUUCUAGAUACAGGCAGAAUCAGGAAGAGUCAGCAGGGGUGCCAUCACCAAUGGACAUUGACCCUGCUGAGCAGUAUGUGUCUCCUGAGUGUUUUCAGGAAAGUAGGAGAUAUGAGUCAUACCACUCACAAGGUGCUUACCAGAGCUUUCCUUUUAGUGCCCCCAUGGGUGACGCAAUGAGUCCUGACACGCUGGAGAACUCAGAGAACGUGCCCUUUUACCACCAGAACAACCCGUUUGCAAGGUCUCUCUUUAGCAGUACUUUCAGACAGAGCAGAGAACAGAGAUUUGGACAGAAUUCUUUUUGGAGCCAACAGGAAGAACAUUCUUCCUGGUCUGACUUUCCCCACAGCAGGAAGUCAUUUCCUCCUUCUGAGAAGGACUUCGAAAUGAUUUCUGUUGAAACAAACCCGGUGCCAUCUGUUUGGAGUCACGCUGCCCCGUGUCAGCACUGGAGGCCACGUUCUCCUGGCUAUGGCACAUACGUUUUCGGAGGUCGAGAAGAUCCACGUUGCUGGCGAUCUGAUUUUCAAGUGUCCCCACUGGAGAGCAUGGACACCUCACUUGUUAAUGAGAACCAAUUUCCACCCCAUUUUGUCACACCAGAUGGGUUUUUCAUAACUGGUUCAAGCUGCCAUAUCCAAUCUUCUGGGACGGACUCUCGGCAGGGCCACUGUCCUACACAACACUUUCCUAUGGAAGCAGCUGUAGAUGAGGCUCAGACUCUAGUAUCUUCCUCCAGAUCUCCCUCCCCCCUCAUUCCUGACAACCAAAGGGGUUCUCAGAGUCCCAGCUCCCAGAAUUCCACAGUUACUUUGCAGACAAUGGUUCCCAAUAAGCCAGACCCUCUUCCAAUACGAAGCUGUGCAGAAGUGCCUGUGGCUUGUAGCCGUUUGACUCCUGAGACCCAGUCCAACAUCCCAGCCACAGAAAUGAACAGUGAGACAGAUAGGAAUGAAUCUAUUUCAGAGGGUGAACAGCUAAACAAGACAGACCAGAAAAACAAGCCGAGUGGGCUACUCCAACCUGUUUCACAGUCAGUGAUCGCUAAUGAUUUACCUGAUUUUCAAAAUGCCCACUCCGGGGACUCAACCCAAAAUGACAGGCAUGGCUUUAAUGCAUCUGCCACAGUAAGUUCCAGAAGAUCACCCAGGGUCUUUUCCAGAAAAGGUACUUCCCAAAUUCACACAACACAAAGAGAGAAAGGCAAUGAACUGAGCAAAAAUAAAUGUUUUCCUGGGAACAGGAAACUUGACGCAGCUGCUUCCCUGCCUUUCACCCAAGAAAGUGGAACACCACCCCCGCUGUCUCCUCCCAGCCCACGUCCAGGUUGUCACCAGAAAAAUGAAGACAGUUCAAGCACCAUUCAAAAUAGCCCGUGGUGCUUUGAACCCAUUGCUAACCAAGACCCACAGCCCCCAGAGGAGCCUGAUAGUUUGGAUGAUCUUGACGAACAACAAUGCCCUCCUGCUCAUUCUAACAAUGGCAGCAGGCUGGCCACUGGGCACGGUGGCUCACGAGACCCUUUGGGUGUGUCAUCAGAUGCACACCAAGGUUCCGUGCCAUCGAGGGAUUCUUUCCUUGAUGCUUUUGGGGUACCUUCCACGGCAGUGUUCUUCUCCAGGAGUCUUUCAGACCAAGAACCAUCUCUAGAACGAAGAGAAGAAAAAGACAAGGCUAGGAAAAACCAAAAUGAUCAGUUGUCUGUAAGUCCCGCGGACAACCGAGAGACUGAUGAUGGUCCCGCACUUCCGCACGAUGCUGGCCGCGGCCAUUCAUACUCUCCCUUCAGAAGUGGGAGGGACAAAGGAAGAGUCAGACGCCGUGUGUCCUAUAUUGAGAAGCUAACCAAAACAGAGAGUAGAGCGGCAGCCACAAGUGAAGGCAUUAACCUUGCUGAGGACCAAGGCAGCGGCAAAGCUGCAGAGCUCAGCACAGUCUACUGCACCUUGCCAAGAAAUUCAGCCAGCUUUCACAUACACAGCAGACAGCCGCAAAGUAAGGUAAUGGCUGCUUCUCUUAGGAAUGGGCCACUUCCGUUCCAAGUGAAAAACAAAGCAGAAGUUCCCACUGAGAAGGACACCUCUGACAAACCCGGUUCUCCUGAGUCAAUGACUGAUGCUUCAAAUUCGGUUGUGGGGACACCAGAAGCCACCAAGAGGAUGACAGAUAUGAAAGCCAUUAGAUCAGCUUCUGUCAGGAAGGGGCCGCUCCCUUUCCUCAUCAAGAGGGCGACAUCAUGUCCCUCAGGGGAUCCAUGCACCUUGGCUGAAAGUGGUGAAAGAGAAAAGCCGCCCGUCCUGCACAGGGAUGUUUCUGCUGUGACACCCAGGCCAGGGGGCACAUUUUAUAACUCUCUGGAUGGUGACUUGUCCUGUAGAGAGAGUACCUUCUCUGAAAGACACAACCAAAAGGAACUUGCUCAAGGACACACCGGAAAGCAUGGUGAGAUUCCUGCCCGCAGGGUGAGCUCAUUUACCCUUUCAAACAGAGCCCCGGAGCCUCUGUGUACAGUUGGGUCAGGAAAAGAGAGUGGGCAAGCCUUACAUAAGUUUAAGACGACUAGCAUGUUCUCUGUCUCUGGGGAUGAAGAGAAUGUAAAAUGCCUUGAGGUGGUUUCGAUCUAUUAUACGUUACCAAGGAAACCGAGCAAGAAGUUCUGCAGCCUCCUUCAGCAGUAUGCACAAGGUACCGAUUUACUUCGAGAUGCUUUUCAGGGAGAGUUUAAAGCGCUUCCUGAUGCUUUAGAAAGUGACGAGCCAAACUGUCCUUCACGAGUGCAGUCAGGAACACCUCCGCUGCAAGACCAAAGGAGACAGGUUGAGUCGGCUCCAUGCUGUCUUUCUCACAGCACUGAAAAUAAGGCUGUCUCCCAAUUACUAAACAGGGAGGCUCCCGGAUCUACAUUAGAGGAAAUGGCUCCUGCGAGGCCAGAUGUUUCUCUUCAUCAAGGAGAACCUAAGACCAAAGAGACCUUCCCAGGUAACAUAUCUAAAGCCACUGUAGGUGACUCGCUAAGCAGGAAGAAGAAAGGAGGGGAACUGAUAAGACAAAUCCUACAGACCCCAUUACUGCUCAAGGAAAAAAGUGCUGGAGAGGAAAACACUAAAAGUCAUCAACAGCCUUCUAAAGGCAGACACAGGGCUCCCCCUGGUCUCCCAUCCCACUCAGAAGAUAAUGUUGAAAAUUCCCAAACCAGAAGAAAUCCUGGAACACGUGCAGGUGGCAUGGCCAUUACGUCAACAGGAAACGGAAGGCGUCCUUGGAGAGAUGACUUGGCUGUAGUUGUAGGUGACAGUUCUGAUGGGUCACAGCCUAGGGAAACCAGUGGGACAACUGGAUCAGACUGCCAAAAACUGACUGACAAAAUGCCCUCUGACUCACAAAGCCAAGCCUUUGCUCUACCACCAGCAUUGCAUAAGCUGCAACUUCCAGAAGGGGCUAAGACUCGGGGAGUAGAUCUGCAGCUGGAAUCUGGGCAGGCAGGAAGUCAGGAGACAAAUACAGCAGAGACGAGGGAGCUUGAAGACGAAACACAAAAGUUGGCAUGGGACCAAACUUUACUUCCUGGAGGAAGUACUACAAAUAAAACCAACACGGGUGACCUAGGAACAAAAGCAGACAGAUACUCAGUGAAACACAGAUUGGCAGCCAUAUCUAAAGCAAGCAGAAAAAUCCCAGCUAAGGAUUUAAGUCCCAGAAAACAUGUAGCCACUAUCUUCUCCCAGAGUGAAAGCAAACCUGGCUUUAUGGGGCUAUCUCUUUGCAGAGCAGAGGACAGCCCGCCAUCCUCUGAACCUCCUGUACAAUCCACAGAGUCCACAGAUGAAAGCACCCCGAGGAUUGUGGACAAAUCUGAGACCCUUCUCCAGGCUACUGAAAUAUCCAACCCACAUCAGAAUGAGUCAAACGGUGUCUUAGAAACAGCACCAAAGAGCAGGGCUUCUAAAGCUCAGAUUUCGGGAGAGUCGGGAGCUCCAGCGCAGCUUAUGCUUACCAGCCCCUUAGAAAAAAGCUCUGACCAGCAGCAGAGGUUAAGUCCUCCUUUACCCCUGGACCCUGCACAGAAAUCUACAAUAAACUCCCAUUGUCAGCUGCGCCACAAGAGUGCCCCAUCUCCAGAGUUAGAAUCUGCACCACACCUCUAUCGGUCAAAGAGUUUAAAAAACUUUUAUGCUCAUGGAGACCGGCUGUGCAUAAGCCAUCCUCCCAAAGCCAGGGGGCGCCACUUCUCGGAAAAUACUUCCAUUGACAGUGCUCUGAGCCAGCUGUCCCUUGAAGAGGACUCCUCCCACAACAGUGGCUACAGUCGAAGAUUCAAAUCUUUUUCUGAGCUUCCCGCCUCUCAUGAAAGUGAAAGUUGGGCUCUGUAUAACAAUAGGACGCGAGGGGGCCCCAAGUCCACCUCAUCCAUUUCCAGGCCUAUUGACUAUGGGAUUUUUGGGAAAGAGCAGCAAUUGGCUUUCUUGGAGAAUGUCAAACGGUCACUCACACAGGGAAGAUUAUGGAAGCCAAGUUUUCUCAAGAACCCUGGCUUCCUCAAGGAUGAUGUACUUAACGCUUCCAACCUGUCCCAGUCAGAGCUGUUAGAUUCUCCUGGUGGCCAGGCACCAGAAGAAGGCUUGUUUCCAAGUGAACCACUUAAUAUCUAUAAGGAAGACCCAGUGGAGCCAGUGGACUCAGACUGGGACACAGACACAACCACAGAUGACGAAUAUUAUCUGGAUGAAAAUGAUAAAGAGUCAGAACUAUGAGACCUUUGCAAGAAACUGCAUAAUAUAA